ACUAUAGUUUUACUGUAGUAGACGUCAGUGUAGAAACCCUAACUGUAAGCUACUGUAAGCAGUACAUUUAAGUGCUCGUGGCUGAUAAAUGUGCUUUCUGAGUGAUGUUUUCUCACGGUUCUGAACUGCGAGUAUCUCUAAAAUGAUGAUUGUCGCCCGUCUUCCUCCAGCCCUGUUUACGGUCAGUUUACAGGAGAGCUUUUACGAGGCCGAGCUCCACGGAGACGUCAGACUAGUGUGCUUGUUCUCCAAGGUCAAAAGUGUUUCGGACCUCACCGUCAUAUGGAGCCGAGUGGAGCCGAAGCCGGCCUUGGACGUGUAUCGUCUGGAGAGAGGCGCAGAAAACCACAACUACACCAGCGCUGCGUUCAUAAAGCGCGCGCAGCUCGUCCACGAGCAGCUGAGUGAACACAGAGCCGUCCUGCGCCUGAACAAGCUCCGGAUAAAAGAUUCGGGCACGUACCUGUGCAUCGUGAAAGAGGGAGACGACGGAGACUACAAGCAAGUCACGCUCAACGUUACGGAAAAGCAUCUCAAGACGGGCGAGGAUGAGGUGGAGCUCUCCUGCGAGUCUCAGGGCUUCCCGUCGGCUCAGGUUUUGUGGAGCGACGGCCAAAGCGCAAACCUCACCGAGAUGUCCAACAGCACCUGGCGCCCUACGGACGAAGAUCUCCUCCUCGUCUCCAGCAGGCUGACGGUGAGGCGGGACCUCGUCAGUAACUACACCUGCUCGUUCCUCGUGAAGGGCGAGGUCCGGCAGACGGCCACCUUCAGCAUCCCCGAUGACAUCCUUCCUCACUGUUCUGGUCAAUACAUGUGGAUCAUUGCCGGGGUCCUUGUGCUUUUUGCCAUCGUCUCCACCCUUGUCAUUCAGUACAGGAGGAAAAUGGUCAGAAAAACAGACAAAAUGAAUCAUCUAAAUGCUCUUUACUGUUUUCCUCCUCUGCCACCGCUGAUGCUUUGCUGACCGUGAAUGAGCUCAGACCACAAACAUGUGACAUAAACUCAGAAGGAACAGCAGAAAAAGCUCCGUCUUUGAGGAACGCGCUUAUACGACAAUAUUCAGAGCUCCACACAAACGCUGAGAUGAAAAGCAGACU